CACAAUUUCAUCCAAUAAUAUUUGUAGGCAAUCAUAAAUGUCUUCAUCUUCUUCUUCCUUUCCUGAUGUAUAUGCAUGGUUUCUUAACCUACCAUCCAUUGUUCAAUGGAAAUCAAAUUCCAUGUCUAUGAUUAUAUGCGGUGGAUCCACAACCUCAUAUCAACCAUCCCUUAACCUAAAAGUCACAAAAAACGGGCAAUCUUCUAUUUGUUUCUCCAUCGAGGCCGACUUCAAUCUCCCAAUCUCUCUUUGGACUUCGAAACAUAUCAAAUUCGCAAAUAUUCUAGUGUCCCCAUCUAUCAUGUCCUCUCUUUUAAAUAAUAUAAUCAAAGAUGAGCUCAAAUACAGCCCCGAUGAAAACGCCUCGAGUAUAACCCUAGUAGUUCCGAAAAUAGAGUUGGUCAAUAACUUUAAGGACACCAUAAACUUUUCAGUUCUUACUCUCGCUUUUCUUGUAAAUAUUUAUGAUGCUCCGGUAGAUGUUCGAUCAGAAUGUCUUAAUAUCUUGCACGAACAACUAGUAUGCUCGCGUUCGAGGGAAAUGAUGAAAGUUUUCAUCCGGUUGUUGGGAUCCAACUUAGAGGAGCAAUGGAUGCGAACGAUGAAUCUAGCUAUAACUAAUUAUUGGGUCUCUGAAAACCAAACCGUAUUGAGUCGAACUAUGUCGUCGUCUCUUUUCUCGUAUGCGUUGUCCACAUCCGGGUUAUGGAAAGUUCAAGUCUAUUGUCCUGUUGUUGCCAUGGAUAUUGUGAAGUCAGCCCAUCCUCCUUUGUCUGAUGAAAGACUAAGGUUCUCGUUGAACUAUCAUCAACUAGAAGGCGUGAUACAACUAAAUUACAAAGUUGUGGUUCGUGAGAUGUGGGUCGACGUAAUAGUUAAUAUCGACAACAUAAGAUGUGAUAUAACUCGACUUAUCAACGAAAGUCUUAUGAGAGCAAGAGGGGCAGGGACGGGCGAAAAGUAUUUUCCUUCGAGAAUAUCAUUGCAACUCACACCAUCACUUCAAACAAGUAUCUUGAGCAUAUCGGUAAGCAAAUCCUCGGAUAAUCCCACGACAGAGAUCGGUGUGGAAAAGAGCAUUGAAGGUUCGUUUGAACCAAACUCAUUUCCAGGACUAAGUGUUUCUGUUGGCGAGACAAUGACGAUGAGCUUAAAGCCAUGGAAAUUUGAGCAAUCGGUACAUGGAAAUAGUGCGAAUUUGAAUUGGUUUCUCUAUGAUAGCGCGAAUGGAAGGGAAGUAUUUUCUUCAAAACCGUCGAAAACUUCAAUGUUUCAACCCAAGGCUUGGUUUAAAAAUCGAUAUUCGAAGGUUUAUAGGCCUUUCACUAGGCAAGGAGGUGUAAUAUUUGCACAAGAUGAAUAUGGAGAAAAGGUUUGCUGGAAGAUGCAAAAGAAUGUCAUGGGUAAAUCAAUGGAUUGGGAAUUAAUUGGAUUUAUUUGGCUAACAUAUUGGCCUAACAAAUACAAAACACUCUACACUGAGACUAAAAGGAUGGGAUUUAGAGAAACCCUCAAUCUUACCUUGUCCCAGUCCUAGAUGCCAUGCCCUAAUAUUCAUGUUUUACUAUUUUGUACCCUAACAAAAAAAUUGAAAUUGACUAGUAUUUACCUUAUUUUGUGACAUAGU